AUGAAGUGGCAACAGAUUCUCGUAAUGGUCUCCGCCUCAAGUGUGGCAUGGGGUUUUAAAAAUACAGGCCCAGUUUAUAUUCAGAACGUCAACAGUGAUAAUAGUAAAGUGGCACCUCAUUACAUGGAUGAAAGUAAAUUGAUGUCUGAAAUUGGCGAAUUGGUGGAAAACUCUUCCUCUUCUCAUGUCGCUAGAACUGUGAUAUUUCAAUUGAAGAAAUCUUUAUUCGAUUCCGUCUCUAAUGACGCUCAUUUCCAAGACUUUAUUUCCAAUGCUCAACACACCCCAAAAGUACUUUACCAUGACGACAACAACCAACAAGAAUAUUUCAAAAGUUUUACCCCGGUUUCUAUUUCCAGCAUUAACGAAUCCGAAGAGGAUUUGAUUGUUGAUGAUAUCAGCGAAGUUACUAUUGAAGAAUUUGGCCAAGCAUUGAGCGGGUUGAAGAACACCAACGUGGUGGUACAGUUUAUCCCAGCCAACAACAAACCAGUCGAUGAAGUGUAUCAAAAGAUUAAUAAUGAAGUAGCUAAGAAUUUGGUGGUCCAAAAGCGUGAAAUUUCAGGUUAUGAUAUCGAAGUUGACAAUGAUGAUUUGCUUGAAGAAAUGAAGAACACUUUUAGUAAACUCAUUGAAGACGCUAAGCAAGAAGGUGGUGUCGUUACCAUUUCAGAUGAAGAUAGCGAAGAUUUAACCGACUCCUCAAAGGAUAUUUAUUAUGAUGGUUACAGCAAUGAGGAAUUCGAAGAAAUUAAGGUCACUUCAGGUAGCGUAUUUGAAACUCACCAAUUUUUCAGCAGCGGUAUUCUCAGUGCCACUAUCGUUUCAUUGUUUUUGGUGUAUGUGUUGAUUCAAGGAUUGAGCUGGGUUUCAUCCUUGCAAGUCAGUUACAGAGCUUUGGAAAGACCGGUUGACGCUAAUAAGAAAACAAAAUGA